GCUAGGGUUUCACGUUUCAAUCCUAUAAAAUGAAGCCCUAGCGCCUGUUUAAGUCUCUGCUGCUAGAACAGAACGAAGCAUACCAUCUUCCCUAACUCAGAAGCGGCUCAUUUCUUCAGCCGCAAUGGUGAAGUACUCAAAAGAGCCUGACAACCCCACCAAGUCCUGCAAGUCCAGGGGAUCUGAUCUCAGGGUUCAUUUUAAGAACACAAGAGAAACAGCCCAUGCCAUAAGGAAGUUGCCUUUGGUCAAGGCUAAGAGGUAUUUGGAGGAUGUUAUGGCUCAUAAACAGGCUAUACCCUUCACACGUUUCUGUGGUGGUGUUGGACGUACUGCUCAGGCAAAGAACAGGCAUCCAAAUGGCCAAGGGCGCUGGCCAGUGAAAUCUGCAAAGUUCAUUCUAGACUUGCUUAAGAAUGCAGAAAGCAAUGCUGAAGUGAAAGGUUUGGAUGUUGAUGCACUCUACAUUUCUCACAUCCAGGUGAACCAAGCCCAGAAACAAAGACGCCGCACAUACCGAGCUCAUGGAAGAAUUAAUCCUUACAUGUCCUCCCCUUGCCACAUUGAAUUGACCUUGUCUGAGAAGGAAGAACCAGUAAAGAAGGAGCCUGAAAACCAAUUGGCAACUAGCAAAUCAAAGAAGUAAUUUAGCUAGUCGAGUGCAUUGCACUCUCUUCUGUGAUCUUCCUGGAGUUUUGUUACUUUUAAUAGUGUGACUGAGCUGUUUUUUAGUUGAACCGGACGGCAUAUUUUGUUUAUUUAAAUUUAUCUUUGGUUUAAUGUUCUGUUAGAUUUUUCAUGGAUUCAUUUGAAGCUUAUGAAAAUUGAAGAUUUUUGAUGCU